UUUCUUUAACAUCGGAAAAGGAAAGUAUUAAUUACAAAACGCUAACAAAAACGUGGGAGAACUAUGGAAAGUUUGAUAUAAAGAACCGUAAGACAGACCGCAAAGCUAGGAUAAGAAAAUAAUUGAGAGAAAGAUACUUUGUUGAAGAAAGGAAACCAAACCAUGAACGUAGAAGAAGAGGUCGAGAGGCUCAAAGAAGAGAUCGAAAGACUUGGCAAGAUCCAACCUGAUGGUUCCUAUAAGGUGACCUUUGGUGUAUUAUUCAAUGAUGAUAGAUGUGCAAACAUAUUUGAAGCACUAGUUGGAACACUAAGAGCAGCAAAGAAGCGCAAAAUUGUAACAUAUGAUGGUGAGCUACUAUUACAGGGAGUGCAUGACAAUGUGGAAAUCACUCUCAAGCCAACAUCUCAGCCAGCAACUGCCACAGCAGCUACCUCAGCUAUGAAGAAUUAAAAAGAGUUUGGGUUUUAACCCAAUCAGAACUUGUUUCUUCCAUCAAUUGCAGUUAGUGAUAAUAUAUACAUUAACGUUGUGCAACAAGAAACUUUCUUUAAGUUGUAUUUUGGUUUCCUUUGUUGAGUUUAUGCUUGAACAUAGAGCAACGAUAAGGUAUCAAAGUUCUUGGUCAAUGGCAUCUAAUUUCUUCCUUUCUUUUA